AUGAAGCUUGUUCUGUUCGCCUGUGCUAUUCUUUUCUUCGCAGUCAUUUCUAAAGCGGAUGGAGAGGAACUUAAGUGCGGAAAAAGAAGGCGCCAAAGUGGGGAUACAAGCUGCAACUAUUUUUGCCGCAACGCUGCCAACAAUGGGUGGGACGAAGGUCACUUGGAGGAUGGAGAAAAAUGCAAUUACAACGGCAUCGAUGACGGAGUUUGCAAAGAUGGACUCUGCUACCUGAGAAGCGACGAAGCUAGUCCACCCCCCACUAGGGAUGAGACAUCGUCGGAAGACGAGCCGGCCCCACCUACCAAGAAGCCAAAAAAGAAGCAGAAGAAUAAGCACUAG